AUGGUCCUACUCAAUAAGUUCGUCGCAGCCCUGCCUCUUGUACCAGCCGUAGCUGCACAGUCAAACAAGGUCUGGGCUGCCGUCGCAUUCAUCAAUCAUGGCGAAACCACACCAGCAGAAACCGAACUCCGUACAGUUCUCACUCCAGAGGGCGCGCAGCAAUUGUUGCGACAAGGAACUGCAUUCCGUGCUCGUUACAUCCCAGAUGGUGUAAGCGAUUCAAACUAUGACAAUAUUCAAACAGCAUAUGUCCAGGACCUCAGUUCUGAUGUGAUCGACAAUACCGCACUUGAUAUCAUCUCCCAGCCCGAUCCUUGGGUAUCUGGUGGUGCUUUGGCUUUCAUGCAAGGCUUUUAUCCACCAGCGCGCGACGCCUUUGACAACAGUACUGGAGGCGAAGAAAUAGCCUUGGACCUGAGCGCAAGUGACAACAGGACUGACUAUCCUCUGAACGGAUAUCAAUAUCCUAAUAUCCGGAUGCCAAGCUACUUUGACCCGGAAUCCGUAACGUAUUUUACCAAACUCAUUCGUAAAAAGAAAAAGAGAAAAGUGACCCGACUAACACGGCGUAGGGUGCAAGGAACCUCGAGAUGUUCAGCCUGGUACACAGAAGUAUCAACAAACUUGACAGACCACGAGUCCAUUAGCAACAUCUACGAGUCGAGUCAGCAGUUCUAUCAAGAUCUUUUCUCUACUCCACCCCUUGAGGGCACAAUCGACAUGCGCUCGGCUAACCUCCGAAACGCCUACAAUAUCUGGCAGUUCGUAGAUUAUCAGUAUCGCCAUAACGAGACUGUCCAUGAGGAAUUGGGCAACGCGAAUGGGACACUUACGCUUUUGAACUAUUACGCCACCAAGAUGGAGCGUGCAGCGAACAGCUACUCGGACAGAUCUGAUGACAAUAGCGAGCUCGGUGUUCUAUACUCCAUCGCCGGCCGCACGCUGGCUUACAAGGUCAUGUCACAGUUCAGAAGCAACAUCCGCUGGGGAAACGACUACAACAAACUUACCUUCAUGUUUGGCUCUGUCGAGCCCAUUGUCAGCUUCAUCUCCCUCUCAGGUCUGCUCACAGAAGAAAAUGUCGAUCAAGAGCCCUGGUCCUCACUUCCUAAGCCCGGUGCGGCACUGGUCUUUGAGCUUUUCGGUGAAGACCCAGACGCCCCUGAUCAAAUGCCAUCGAUAGAUAGCUUGCGAGUCAGAAUGUCAUAUCGCGCCUCAGCAGAUCCAGACGAGGCUUUCCGUAACCAGCCUCUCUUCAAGUCUGGUCCUGAUGGUAUCGCAUAUAGCAACUUUGUUUCGAGGAUGAAUAUGCUCGGAAGAUCACCCAACACGUGGUGCGAUAUUUGCGGUCCGCCAGUGGCUCCCUGGUGCAUCAUGACUGACUCAGACACCGAUACUUGGGACGAUGAUGCUUCAGAUCUGGGCCCAGUUAUAACAGGUAUAAUCGGUGCAGUCAUCGCCAUCGCUGCGAUCGCCGUUCUGUUGGCGUGUUUGUUCGCGUGCGGAGGCUUCCGAAUUCGACGCAAGGGGCCACCGGAAGGACCAAUCAGCACGGCUUCUGCUUCUGCUGUAGGUGCUACAGGAGGCUUUAAAGGGCCAGAGAAGAAAGAUGGCGAUGCGGAUGUUGUGGUGACGAAACAAGGGGUUCAUCACGAGCGUGUUGGCAGUUGGGAACUUCGAAGUCCAAACGAGCUGCCGCCACCUCAGACAUCUGGUAUCGUAACCAAAGAUUUCGACGCACCUCGUCACCGAACGAUGGAUGAUUCUGACGAUGAUAUCAGCGUUGUAGGAGCAGCACCAGUCAAGGCACGGGAGAGUGUUUGA